CAUCGUCCAAAGCAGCUGAUAACCUAGCUAGCUCAUCGAUCGAUCGAUCUUGUUGCCACCUCGAUCUCCACUGCUAGCUGCCCGCCGCCGACGCCGACGCCGAUCAGCAGCAGCUUGGCGCGGCGAGCUGAGCCAGCGACAUGGCACGCGAACUCGUGGACAUGGCGGUGCGCUUCCUGCGGGAGUACGUGCGGGCGUCGGACCUGGCCGUGGCGGCGGCGGUGUUGUUCGCCUGCAGCGCGGCCCGGAGCCGCCUGGCCACCAAGCCCGGCGCGCCGAUGCUGUGGCCGGUGUUCGGCAUCCUCCCCGCGCUCUUCGCGCACUUCGACGACCUCUACGACUGGGGAUCGGCGACGCUGGCCCGGGCCGGCGGCACGUUCCCGUACCGCGGGAUGUGGGGCGGCGGCUCCAAGGGCGUCAUCACCUCCGUCCCCGCCAACGUCGAGCACGUCCUCAAGACCAACUUCGCCAACUACCCCAAGGGGCCCUACUACCGGGAGCGCUUCGCGGAGCUGCUCGGCGACGGCAUCUUCAACGCCGACGGCGACGCGUGGCGCGCGCAGCGCCGGGCCGCCUCCGCCGAGAUGCACUCGGCGCGGUUCAUCGAGUUCUCGGCGGCCACCAUCGCCGGCCUGGUGCGCGGCAAGCUGGUGCCGCUGCUGGAGGCGCUCGCCGAGCGCGGGGCCGCCGUGGACCUGCAGGAUGUGCUGCUCCGGUUCACCUUCGACAACAUCUGCGCCGCCGCGUUCGGGGUCGACGCCGGGUGCCUCGCCGAGGGCCUCCCCGACGUGCCGUUCGCGCGCGCGUUCGAGCGCGCCACGGAGCUCUCGCUGGCGCGCUUCGUCACCCCGCCCUUCGUGUGGAAGGCCAAGCGCCUGCUCGGGGUCGGCAGCGAGCGCGCGCUCGUGGAGGCCACCCGCGCCGUGCGGGGGUUCGCCGAGCGGACCGUCGCCGAGCGCCGCGCCGAGCUCAGCAAGACGGGGGCCCUGGCCGGCCGCUGCGACCUGCUCUCGCGGCUCAUGUCGUCGCCGCCGCCCCCCGACUGCCCCGGGGGCUUCUCCGACGAGUUCCUGCGGGACUUCUGCAUCAGCUUCAUCCUCGCGGGCCGCGACACCAGCUCCGUGGCGCUGGCCUGGUUCUUCUGGCUCCUCGCGUCCCACCCGGACGUGGAGUCCCGCGUCCUCGCCGACAUCGCCCGCGCCGGCGGCAGCGACGCCACGGGCGGCGGCAGCAGAAUGGAGUACCUCCACGCGGCCCUGACGGAGUCCAUGCGGCUGUACCCUCCGGUGCCCGCCGACUUCAAGGAGGCCCUGGAGGACGACGUGCUCCCCGACGGCACGGCGGUGCGCGCGGGGCAGCGGGUGAUCUACUACACGUACGCCAUGGGGCGGGACAAGGCGUCGUGGGGCCCCGACUGCCUGGAGUUCCGGCCGGAGCGGUGGCUGGACGGGCGCGGCGCCUUCGCCGGCGGCGCCGAGAGCCCCUACAAGUACGCGGUGUUCAACGCGGGGCCCAGGCUGUGCGUCGGGAAGCGCUUCGCCUACGCGCAGAUGAAGGCGGUGGCGGCGGCCGUGCUGGCGCGGUUUCGGGUGGAGGUGCUGCCGGGGCAGGCGGAGGCCGUCAGGCCCAAGCUCAACACCACGCUCUACAUGCGGCGCGGCCUCAUGGUGCGCUUCGCCGCCAGGGAGCAGCGCCACGAGCCGGGCCGCGCCGUGCCGGCCGCUGGUGGGUGCUCCAUUAAACGCGGGCGGCCUAAAGCUGCAAUUGAGCGGGACGGUUCCGUUCGUGCGUCCAGAAUUGGGGAGGAAGAGACUGACGUGGGGACGACGACCAGCUGAAGCACACACGAAGCUGUGGAAGAGUCGAAGAGAAUAAGCCGCAGGUCGCUCAGAUCGAGGGGGUGAGGAUGGUAUCAAUACGUGCUGGUUGAGGGGACUAGGGUCAUGUGAGUCGGUAAAGCGUAUGUAUCUAGUGUCAUAUAUAUGGACGUACAAGGGGUAUAUAUACUUAUUAUAUACGUGGUGUAUGUACGUGCGUGUUUCUCGCUGUGUGUGUAAGUUGUGUCGUGUUGACGCAGUUCCAAUGAAAAUCGCAGAACUGCGUUCCCAAAUGAACAGAUGCGUGUGUGUGUGUGUGAUAAGUUCUUUUAUUUUUUAUAUAAACUGUGUAUAAUAACAAGUGGAGGGGGCCAAUUGUUCCACCGCAAA